GUCGAUGCACUGCGUUUCAACGGGGAGGACCCCACAGGCUGGAUUUUCCGUAUUUAGAAAUUCUUUGAUUAUUUUAUGACGCUGGAGUAUGAACGUAUCUAUCAGGCUGUCAUGCUUAUCGACCACCCGGUUUUGGAAUGGUCUCACUAUUACCUAGUAAACAACUGUGGGGCUACGUGGGAGGAUUUCCUAUCGGCCGUUCAUCAACGUUUUGAUCCGAGCUACUACGAGAAUUACGUUGGGCUGCUGUCCAAACUCACUCAAACUGGUUCGGUAGUGGACUAUCAGUCGUCUUUUGAGGCACUUCUCAAAAAGGUUGUUGGGGUGCCUGAGGCGACCUUGAUUGCGAUGUAUGUUUCGGGGUUGAAAAAACGGAUACAACGUGAGGUCAAUCUCCGGGGACCUACUACUUUGCCCGUAAUGUUUGCUUUGGCCUGUGAGUUGUCGGCGUGCCAUCAAGUUUCUGCGGCGUUUCUCGCUACCAUGCCUCGUCGUGCAUGGUCUUCACGCACAUCCCCUGGUCUGCCUUCGUUGCCUUCUUCUUCCGGUCAUCUGCCCACCCCGCCCACGGCUCCACGGCUAUCCCCGGGUUCUGUUCGUCCACCGGAUAAGGCUGCCAACCCGUCCUUGGCCAUCGUUUGCUUGUCAGCCACAGACAAAGCACAACGCAACAAGAAGGGCCUUUGUUGGUAUUGUGAUGAGAAGUGGAUACCGGGCCACAAUUGCAAACACCGUUUUCUCGUUCUCAUGGGUCCUGAUGAUGACAAGGACGAUUCCGUAUCUUUGGAACCUACACCGCGGGACGGAGAGGCUGCUCUUAUUACCACUGAUAUUUCAAGUGUUCAUUCUCUCUCCGCCGAGGCGGUGGAAUUUUAUGAGGUCAUCCCCGCGCCUUCCUCGACCAUGGCCACACCUGAGGUCGCCCCUUCUUUGCCCGCAGACAUGCCCCCUAUUAUUCGGGAUGUGCUCACGUCCCAUCACAUGGUUUUUGGGGUAUCUGCUAGCCUACCACCUUCCCGUGGAUGGGACCACCAUAUUCAUUUUGUCGAUGGCAGCCGCCCCAUCAAUGUGUGUCCCUAUCGGUACCCAUUCUUUCAUAAGUCUGAAAUUGAGCGACAGAAGGAGAAUGCUACACUUCACGAUUUACAGGGCCUGCAUGCGGCCGUGCAAGCUGGUUUGGCCCCUACCGAGGUUAUUUCUCACGCUGGGGUCCUUUAUUAUAAGCGGCGCAUUUAUAUCAGCCCCACUUCUUCCUUGUGGGAUCAGAUUUUGAAUGAGUUCCAUAGCACCCCAAUGGCGGGUCAUCAGGGGGUUGAUCGAACGUUUCGUCGGAUUGCCAACGUUUUCUACUGGCCCGGUCUUCGUCGUGUGGUGUGCGCGUUUGUGGCUUCUUGCCCAUCAUGCCAGGCUACAAAGUACUUUACUCGGAAGCCCAGUGGCCUAUUGCAGCCCCUACGCAUUCCGGAGCGGGUGUGGGAUUCGGCCUCCAUGGAUUUCGUGACGGGUCUGCCCCCUUCCCGGCUUCUCGGUUACCAUGGCUCUAUAUGGUCUCAGCCCGCCUGUGCUCUUUGCGACCAUGCUGGUCCAUUCUCGGGUCGCCAGCGUGGAGGACUUACUAGGGAGCGCGCGGCAUUGCUUCAAGAUAUAAAGCUGUAUUUGUCUAAAAUGCAGCAACACAUGCGAUCUUGGGCAAAUCAACAUCGGAGGGAGGUGUCCUACGACGUCGGUGAUUUGGUUUUGUUGAAGCUCCAGCCUCACUGUCAACAUUCUUUCACUCGGCCGCUCUCCACCAAACUCGCUCGCCGAUUUUAUGGACCCUUCAAGGUUGUUGAGCAGGUUAGUCCAGUUGCUUAUCGCCUGCAGUUACGAGAGGGGAGCCAAAUCCACGAUGUUUUUUACGUAUCCUUGCUCCGACCAUUCGUUCAGCAGGAUCAGCUGGUCCAUAGUUCAUCCCUGCCCGAUGUUUUUCUUAAGGGAUGGCCCUUCUCGGUUCCCGUGGCCAUUUUGGAUCAGCACACUGUGCUAGUUGAUGGCGUGGCCUUGGAAUAGUGGUUAGUCCGAUGGUCGGAUGGCUCUGAUGUUGACGCUACCUGGGAAUCGACCACAACGCUACAACAACACUAUCCCAAUCUUCGCCUUGAGGACACGACGAAUUCCAUGGGCGGGGGAGUCGAUACCGUACAGGAUGAUAUGGGUGA